AACCCAUCCUUUUCUCUCUCCAGGUGAUUUUGUAUAUCUAGGGUUUCUAGCAUCUUAAAUCCCACUUGUAUUUCUACAAAGGUGAAGAUGGAGUCGCAGGGCACCGGAGAGGACGGUGAACAUGAUGGCGGUAUGGCGGUCGUGGGUGGAUUCGAUGAAGCGGUGUUCUUUAUCGGGAAUAAGUAUUCCGAAAGAGGAUUUGAAGAUGAGAAUAACUAUGCCGGAGUAUUUGAGAGUAGUUCAAAGGAUAUUGUUGCCUGUGAUGCUAUUGUGGCCCGGAAAUCUGAACUUGGUCCAGAUGCCUUAUUGGAGCCAAUGACUAAAAGGACUCACGCUUGCCGAAGCUGCACACGAGUAUGGGAGAGGUAAUUUCACUCGACCAUUAGAGUUGCUUGGUCUGGAUUGUGAUGCUAAAAGCUGUAAGGUGAUAAGCAAAAUAAUAAAAUUCUUUGGACUUAUUGUAAUGAUGUAGGUAAUAUGGUUCUAUCGAAAUGUUCAUAGACGACGACUUGAGUCUCUGAACUGGUAGCAGUAAGUGUAAUUAAAUUCUUUGGACUUAUUGUAAUGAUGUAGGUAAUAUGGAAUGAUGUUUAUGAUUUCUGUUUACUGUUAAGUGACACGUCAAUUUUUGCCGGUUAUGGUGU